AUAAAAAUAAAAUUCGCGUCAAAAUUGUUUGUGGAUAAAAAACUGCAAAUAUGUCUUUUGAUUUUAAUUACAAAUUUUGGGUUGGCACAAAAAAGGAUAUUGAAGACAUUAUAAAAAGGCAAAAUAUAUUAAAAAGAAAAGAGCCAAUAUCCAAUCCGUUGAUUACGUAUAGAAUAUUUUCGGAACUAUAUGUAUUAUACGUCGAAUUGGUCAAUAAACUGAGCUAUGUUUAUAACUAUACGUUUCAAGUUCAGAAGCGUAAAGUGGUUAGACCAUUAGUCGAAGCUGCCGUUCGACGUUUAAUGGAACUAAAAACAGAGCUUAAGAAUUUGGAAUUAAGUGAAUAUGUUUACACCGACAAAGCCUUAAUUGCACGAAAGCUCAAUCCUUAUGAUUUGGUUAUAUGGCGUUCUCCGCAAUUUUUAUAUCGUCGUCCACCUGAACUACAAAACAUACUGUAUGAUAAUAGAAUUUUUAUGAAUGAAGAAGAGAAAACUGAUGCCGAUAAGAAGGAUAAAUUAAUUUUGAGUGAGGCAGUCAAGCUGAUACAAGCUCAUGAAAGGGCUAGAAGCGCUCGUGUUUAUAAGUCCGCCAUCAAAUACGAUAAGAGAAAUCUCAAAGUGUUUCAACGGAGAAAAGUUCAUUACACAUUUACUUAUAAACCCGAUCAACCAAUGAGCAUACCAGUGAAAAGAACAAUGUUCAAUGCGGACUUUGUAAAACCAAAUGAACACUGCAAGUAUUUAGUAGGAGCAGAUAAAAUUGAGCGAAAAUCGAAGGACGAGAUCGAUGAAGAUGAACUUAAUAGAAUUCGUAACGAAGCAGCAUUAAAGAUUCAGUUAGCAUGGAGGGCUCAUAAAAGUCAAAAAAUACUUAAGAAAAGGCAUAUUUUUAAACAAACAUUGUACGGUAUGAGAACUAAGAGAAGGUUAAUUAAUCCAAACCAGUAUAUGGAUUCUGUUAUGGAAACAUACAGAAAUGAAAAGUUGAAGAUAAAACUGGAUGAAGAUUUCAUUCGAUUGAUGACUGAUGAGCGAACCAGAUUGUUGCAAGAAAGGUCGCCAUGGAUAAUGGAGGACAUAUCCGAUCAUAUACGUGCAUGGUUCAAGGAAUUUUACGAUAAAGUGGGAGAUUUUCAUCCAUAUCCGGAUGCGCUAAAAUCUGGAACUGUUUUAGUUUUGAUCGAUGAAACAUUUUCUCCAGAGGAGUUUAAAGAAAAGUUGAACGAAAUGAAUUUAUCCAAAGAAGAAAAGAAAAAAAGAGCAGAGAAAGCCAAACAACAAAGAAAGAAAGAAAAGGACAAAAUAAGAAAAGAAAAAAUCAAAGAGGCUAAGCGGAGGAAAAAGAUGAAGGAACAUGGCAUUUAUGACAUAGCGUAUGAUAUGAAGACUAAUAAAAAUAUAUUGAAUAUUGAGCAAACUAUAAAGCAGUACUCUAUUGACUGGAGGAUGAUUGAUGAAUAUCUCAAUAAAAAUCAUGAAGCAAUAAAGGAUUGGGUGACGGAAGGAGAACUUGCAAUUAUACACAGAGAGCUAAGAGCAUUGGUGGAUGAAUAUAUGCGAUUGGAAUAUGAAAUACUUCGGAAAGCUCUUUGCAUGGACCUAAAUAAGAAAUAUAAACCUCAAAGACACAAAAAAGCUAAAUCUAAAAAAAAGAAGAAGAAAAAGAAAAAGGUUAAAGACAUGACUGCUGAUCGUACACUUGAGUCAUUGUAUGAGGAGUUGAAAGCAGAAGGCAUAAUAGAGAAAUGCGAGAAGAAGACAUUCGAGUCGUUUAUUUCGGACUUCAACUUUGUUGCAGAUGACACACGAGACGAAGAUCAUUUGACCACGUUGGGACCGGCUAAAGGCGAUAUUAAAAUGGUUGUUCAAGAAUGCAUGCUUGGUUUGGGAGAAUUUACUGUAGAUAAACCGAAAUCUCUUUGCAUAGCGGGACCCUUGAAUAAUGGAAAGAAGUUGCUUUCUCAAAUUAUUGCAUUUGAAAUAGAUGCUGUGUUUAUGAAUCUCAGCCCAGAGAAAACCCAAGCUUACAGUAAUGAAGACUUGAACUAUUUAAUGCACGUGGUUAUGAAAGUUGCAAAAGCGUUCCAACCAGCGAUAAUAUUUAUACAAGACGUUCACAGAGUGUUUUGGAAAAGGAUUCCUAAAGAGCAGGAGUAUUUGAAUCCUCGGUUGCUUCAAAAAGUUAUCAGCACGAAGAUUUUAAAAGCAAUCAAAAAAGAAGAUAAAAUAAUGCUUUUGGGCACAACGGACGCACCAUGGUCAGCAAAACCAAAAAUGAGGCGUGUGUUUCAAAAGUCGUUAUUGAUUCCCAGAUGUGAUUAUGGUACCAGCUUCCUGCUUUGGCUAGAAGUUCUGGCAAAUUAUGCUGGUGAUGAUUCCGUCGAUGAUUACGUUUACUCUGCAUUAGCUAAGGUGUUUAAAAAUUAUAACUCCGGUGAUGUCACGGAUAAUAUUGCAAACACUUUAGAUGUGCGCCGCCGUAUGAAAUUGAAGUCGAAACCCUUAAGUCCUUUCGAGUUCUUAACAAACUUUAUUGGCGGAAAUCCACCAAUAUUUCCACCAGAAGAGAAGCUAAUGGAAAAGUUUCAGAAAUGGUACCAGAAAGCCAACAAACUCAGUAUAGCAAGACGAAAGUUUUUCAAGAAAAAGGAAGAGAAAAAUAAGAAGAAAAAAUAAUCUUAUUAUAUUUAUGUCAGAGCAUUUUGGAUUUCCAGAAUUAUGUUUUUAUUUUUCACAAUAGCAAUGAUGCGUUGGAUUUUGUUCUUAAUUUCACCUGCAUUUGUCACCCACUUUCUUAGGAAUUUCUAGAAAAUUUUAAAACUUUAACCCCGAAAAUCAAUACUCAAAGCAAAAUGAGUCACUAAUUAUCCGAAGGUACUGCAAAAGAUAAUUGAUUUUCGAUUAAAAGAAACUUGAUUUAUUCGAUCUAAACUUAUUAAUUAUAUGAAGAAACUUUGGAAAAGGCAGUUUUAUGAUAUGGGCGAUGUUCUCAGUAGAUGGAAAGGCUAAGGUAAAAUUGUAAUCUCUGUUGAAUAUAUAAAAUAAAACUGAUGAUUUUAAAUAUAAAGAAUAAUAAAAA